UGACCCAACAAAAAAGCACGAUUAACAAAAUAUUAAAAAUCACGUUGCCAAUUUUUAACGUGAGAAAAUCUGUAUUUAAUAGUGGCUUAAAUUUUUUCAUUCAUUAGUUGUUAACAACCUUCCUUAGUUUUUAAGUAGAGAGAAACAAGUUUAAGAAAAUUUUUUUAUCCUUAUUUUUAACUUUAUUAUAAUGUCGUUAAUAUCAAAGUUGCCCCUUCGACGAUUGUCGACCAAUUUUCAAUACGCUGGUCGUAAUAUUUUUCAUCGCCCAGUAGUAAUGUUAUAUUCGUCCUCAUCCUCAUCCUCGUCUUCGUCUUCGUCUUCGUCUUCGAGUACGAAGAAAAACAAUACCACUCCUACUACACCACAGAAACAAGAAUUACCUUUUGUUUAUGUCAAUCAUAUCCAUCCAAAAGAGCUAUUUCAAAGCACGUUCUUUGCAGAGCAUAGACCAUUGUUAAGCUUUGGUAGUGAGCAAAUGCAACAAAAUGAAAAAAACAAACAAGCUUUGGAAGAAGAAGAUUACGAAGAAGAAAAUUCCGGAUCAAGCGUUAACACACCGACACCGUUUAACCCUAUUUCAUUUUAUUUAAAUUUAUACCCAUUUCAUUCCAAUCAAUCAACAAUUUCAAUGUCUUCUGAUACAGAUUUAAAAUCUAUAGUUAAUUGGUUGUCUGAAAUAGAAUUUAAGGCAAAAAAGGAACAAUUAGAGGAAGAAUUAUCAAAUAAACAAAAAUCAACAAUUAAAGAAUCAUUAGAAGUAGAUAGUGUAAAACAACAAGGACAAUCAAUAAAUUCCGAAGCAGAAAAUGAAGAAAUACGUUUAUCAAAUAUUCUUCAAAAGCGAAAAUUGAAAAUGAAAAAACAUAAACUCAAGAAAUUAAGAAAGAGAAAUAGAGCAUUAAGAAAGAGACUUGGAAAGAUUUAAUUAAAAUAUGUAUAAACAUUUUAUUUUUUUUUUUUUU